UCAGUCGAUCCUCUUACCGUGUAAGUGACAUUCGGCGAAAUUUUGAUACUCGCGAAUGAUAAAGCUGAGGCAAAACUUAUCACAGGAUGUUAUUUUUUGUGCUUUAUACUGUUGCGCGAGUCCACACAUCCCCCCACUAGCAAGACGUUUUUUAUACUAUAUAAACCCUACGUUGACCUAAGGAGCUCAGUAGUCAUGAGAGUAGUUGCAUUAAAUCAAGAGCUCGCAAGCAUGUAUAACGUAGCCGAGGAAUCUUUACGCAGUGUAGUGCUUCGCAUCGCGGGCAAUCUUCAAGCAAAUAGUGUUAUUAGACGCAGGUUUACAAGAAGCUGGUGUCUACGCGUGAAACGCAUGGUAGCGUGCCAAUUAUGCCGCGAGUUUUCACGUCUUUUACGAUGCUGUGGGCCACGGAAAAUUGCACAGCUUCAUAGACACAUUUUUAAAAAAUGCAACUUUGUGCGAUGCGCAGCAGAAUUUUGUAUGCAACAGAAUUUUGCGCAUUUACCUGUGUUGACGCGGUUAAUGACAGCAUUCGAGGAGAAUAAUGCGUUAGAAAAUUUGUUAGCCGACAUAACCUCUGAUGAAGAUGAUGAUAAUAUUACAGAAUACACAUCAAGUGAAUAUGUUGAACCUACGUCAUCGGAUGAAGGUGAGUAG